GUAAGGUGCACAAUCCUGAAUGGAAUAGAAAUGAAAUCCCACAUAGCUGUGGUGAACUUUGUGGAAAGAAGAGACAGUGUUUGGACUGUCCACAUCUUUGUAACAUCCUGUGCCAUCCAGGACCUUGCCCUUCGUGCCCAGCCUUUGUGACAAAAACAUGUGAAUGUGGACAAACAAGUCAUUCAGUUCGCUGUGGCCAAUCAACAAAGAUUCAUUGUUCUAAUGUAUGUGGAAAUACUUUAAACUGUGGUAAGCACAGCUGUACUCAAGUGUGCCAUGCAGGAAAAUGUUCACCUUGCCAAUUAACAGCACAGCAAGUGUGUUACUGUGGAAGCAAUUUUAAAGAAGUAUUGUGUGGGACAAAGGAAGAAUUCUCUGAUGGAUUUGGGAACUUCUCAUGUCAGAAUAUAUGUGGCAAAAAAUUAAAUUGUGGGAGGCACAACUGUACGCAAGUAUGCCAUCCUCAGCCUUGCCAGCUCUGUCCACGACUUCCACAAGUAGUAUAUCGCUGUCCCUGUGGUCAGACUCCUCUCAGCAAGUUACUGGAACUAGGAUGCGUUGAACGUAAAAUAUGCACAGACCCUAUCCCAUCGUGUGGAAAAACAUGUGGCAAGCCUCUCUCUUGUGGUAGCUAUGAAUUCAUUCAUACAUGUGAAAGCCUUUGCCAUGAAGGAGACUGUAGACCAUGUUCUCACACAUCAAAUAUUUAUUGUAGGUGUGGCUUCAAAAAAAAGGAAGUCCCAUGUGCUCUCCUCAGAAAUAAAGCUGCUAUUACAUUCAUGUGUGAUAAGCGAUGCAACAAGAAAAGAUCAUGUGGACGACACAAGUGUAAUGAAGUUUGCUGUGUGGACAUAGAACAUAAGUGUUCUUUGGUUUGUGGUCGCAAACUCAACUGUGGGCUUCACAGAUGUGAAGAACCCUGUCAUCGGGGCAGUUGUCAAACAUGCUGGCAAACAAGUUUUGAUGAGUUAACUUGUUAUUGUGGUGAAUCUGUGAUUUACCCUCCUGUCCCCUGUGGCACUCAGCCACCAGAGUGUAAAAAACCGUGCACCAGGCCACAUGACUGUGAUCAUCCAGUGUACCAUUCAUGUCAUAGUGAGGAGAAAUGUCCACCGUGUACCUAUCUCACUCAGAAAUGGUGUAUGGGCAAGCAUGAACUGCGAAGUAAUAUUCCUUGUCAUCUCACUGACAUUUCCUGCGGACUUCGCUGCAAUCAAGUGUUAAAGUGUGGAAUGCACAAAUGUAAAAGAAUCUGUCAUAAAGGAGAAUGUCUUAUAGACGAAGAGUGUAAACAGCCAUGUAUUAUUCCAAGGCUAUAUUGUAAUCAUCCUUGCAUGGCUCCAUGUCAUCCUUCUUCACCCUGUCCAACAACACCCUGCUGUGCAAAGGUUGAUCUUCAAUGUGAGUGUGGAAGAAGAAAGGAGAGUAUGAUUUGCUCAGAAGCGUCUAAUACAUAUCAAAGAAUAGCUGCUAUAUCUAUAGCCACUAAGUUAACAGAUCUACAGCUUGGGGAUUCAGUGGAAAUCAGCAGGCUUAUUACGAAAAAAGAAAUGAAGCAGGCCAGGUUACAAUGUGAUGAAGAAUGCUUAGCUCUUCAGAGGAACAGGCGUCUUGCUGAGGCUCUUGAAAUAGAUGAUAAUUCUGAUCCUUUUAACGUCCGUUCUUCUGGACCAAAGUACAGUGACCUUUUAAAAGAAGAUGCGAGGAAGGAUUUAAAAUUUGUCAGUGACAUUGAGAAGGAAAUGAGAAUGCUUGUGGAAGCUGUAAAUAAGGGCAAGCAUACAAAGAAGAGCCAUUGUUACCCACCAAUGAACAGAGAUCACCGCAGAAUCAUCCAUGAAUUAGCUCAGGUUUAUGGCAUUGAAAGUGUGAGCUAUGACAACGAACCAAAGCGUAACGUUGUUAUCACUGCAGUGAAAGGGAAAUCCAUUUGUCCAAGCAAUACCUUAACUUCUGUGCUAGAUAAAGAAAUGCAGAGCAGGCCUCCACCUCCUAUUCCUCAUUACAAACAAACAGAUAAGAGUAGUGGCAACAGUGGUUUAUCCAAACCAUUAAAAGAAGAGCCAGUAAUUGACUACUUUGAUGUCCAGGACUGA